CAGUAGGUGGGUGAGGCUGACAUUCACAGCUCCUAAUGAAGAAACACCCUAAACAGAUCCCGUGACUUUGCUUCAAGACCUGGGGUCUGUCCAGGAAAGGAAGCAGAAGCAUUAAAUAUUUCGUGCACGUUUGAUAUGGAUUGUCCAGAACAUAAAAAAUGCUGUGAGACAUCUAAAGGAGUGGGUUGUUUGGCUCCCUUACCUGAAGGGCAAACAGUGACAAAAUAUUGGUAUAAUGUGUCAGUCCUGGUGAAAAUGGAUUUCAACAAGCUAAGUACAGUGGAUCCAAAACUUCUGAAUCAUUCUCGGCUUUUGCAUUCAAUGAUCACUGGAGCUUUAUGGCCUUUGAAUGUGUCAGUGUACCAUAUCCAGACUACUCGGGCAGAACUCUAUGCAGAGACAUUGGCUUCUCAGAUUCUAGUUGGACUGCAGCAGUUGGUUCCAUUGGUGAACAUUUCAUCUUUGUUGGAGGAUAUCGUGAUGCGGGUGUCUGAAGUCAUUGACAUAGUUGUGCAAGAUUUUGAUCCAAGUUCACCAAACCUUCUGUAUGAAAAGAGCAAUUCUUCUGAUCUGGUGAGAAAUUCAGCAUCUGUACCACAAGAAAGCGGCAAAUCUGUAGAUUCUGAAUGCUAUCCUCCUACUAUCAGAAACUACAAGAUCUUCAGUGUCACAAGCAACAGUUUUGAAGUGUCUUGGAGUGUAAAUUCGAAGCAGAACCAUUCAUUCCAGAUCGAAGUGUACAAAGGAAAGGAGCUCAUUCAGCGAAUAGAAACCAUGGAUAUGGAACUUGAAGUAUCAAAUCUGGAAGCAGGUGUAAUGUACACAGUGAAAAUCAGCUAUGACGUUUGUGGCAAAACCAUUUUCUCUUACAGAAAUGUAAAGACAGAUGCCUUGAUGUUUGGUUUAACAAUAAGGAUCUUGAACUAUAACUUCACGGAUGAACUCCUCAAUGCCAGCAGUGCAGAAUAUCAGGAAUUUGCUAGCAUUCUGAUGUCUGAGAUUAGGAAUUCAUUUCCUCCACAUAUGUCUGCAUUGUACAAAGCAGAGAAGCUGAAAGUCCGGAUUGAUUCCUUCAGAACUGGUAGUAUCAUUGUGAAGUUUAAAAUCAUAGUAGAAGACCUGGAAUUUCCUAAAGAGCUAUCGGCAUUUGAGCUAAUGAUUUCGUCCCUUUUCAAAAGUUCUGUACUGGUUAUUGACACAAAGAACUCUCUAGUGGAAGACUGGAAUGAAUGUGCAUCCAGAGUAGAAAAUGAUUGUUGUAGGUUUGCAGAGUGUAUCAACACUCUAGGCUCAUAUAUGUGCAGAUGCAAGACAACCACAGAUGCCAACCCGCUCCGACAAGGGAGAAAUUGUGAGGGGGAAAUUGUGGAUCCUGUUACUGAAAUGGUGCCAAUGUCAGAAGCAAACGGUACGGAUGGACUGCCAAGGAUAAGUGCCACUCCUGUAUCAGUGGCAGAAAAAAGAAGAGUGACUCCCUUCCCUUCUCAGUCUACUGAGACAAUAAUAGUACCCACUGGUGGUACCCAAGAAUCAACCCAUUUCCUGAAAGAGAAAAUGGUGUCAGGAUCCCAGAGAACAAAUAUUUCAGAAUAUGCCAGAAAUAAUAACACCCUGAAUAUUUCAGAAACAACAACUCUGGUGGCAGAAGAUGGUGGCACUGUCACUGCAACACAGCAGAGCUUAGAAGUGGAGAGACUAUCAACAGCACCAGAAAAAGACAAUUCUUCAUUGCCCAUGAUACUUGGAGUUUCAUAUCCUACCAGUUUUCCUUUUGUGAGAAAUGGGCCUGAACAAGAGAAAAGCACACCUAACUUUUUAACUGAGAGAAGUUCUCAGAAAGUUCAAGAUAUGAAUGUAACCAAGCAUCCCAAAGUUCAUGCACUGAACUAUACCCUUGAUAAAGAGAUGGAAAAAGAUAACAGAUCUUGGUCUGAGAAGAAAUUAUCUGAAGUCUUACAGUUAUCUUAUAAGGAGCACACAACAGGCUGUGGCAUACCUCUUCCAGUAGAAAGAAUUUUGUUCUCCGGUGUAACCAGUACCAGCUUUGAAGUGAAGUGGACCACACAUUUUCUACUGAAUCCUGUUUUCCAGUUUCGGCUCUUUGAGGGAAAACAGGUUCUACGGGAGGUUAAAACACAGAGCAAUAACCUCACAAUUACUAGACUAAAACCUGGAAUUUUGUACACUGUUGAAAUUAAGACAGAGGUUUGUGGAAAGAAAAGUGAACCUGUACAGCAUAAAGUAAUGACAGCUGGCCAAAAAUUUAAUGGGACAGUCAAGAUAACAAAUCUGAACUAUAGUCCAGAGUUAAGUAACUGCAGUCAUGAACUAUUCCAAAAUUUUACACAGAUGUUUCUCACUGAGGUCCGCACAUUUCUGCCCCUUAACAUUCUUCAGAAAAUGGAUGCUGAUAUGAUUAGGAUGUUGAUAAUGAAUAUUACCAAUGGAAGCAUAAUGGUAAGCUUUAGUCUCCUGAUUCCUGAAGACAUGGAUGCAAGCAAUGUUUCCUGGUCUUUUCUUGAUGCCUUUCGACACAGCAACCGUUUCAUUAUUGACAACACCAGUCUCUCCAUACAUGAUUAUAAUGAGUGUGAUAAAGAAGAAACAGAUUGCUCUCCUGAUGCAUCAUGCUAUAAUACAUAUGGAUCCUAUAAAUGCAGCUGCAAAGAAGGAUUUAUCAAUGUAAAUGCUGAGAGACAUGGAAGACUCUGUGAAGCAGUUCUUUCAAGCCAUGAUGCUGGAAAUACUCAGGCAAAGGACUGGAAUAGCACUGUUUUGCCUUUGAUGCAUCCAUAUACUUCAAACCAAGUGUCGUCCCCUGUUUCAAAGAAUUCUUCUGCCCAAACUUUAAAAGACUCAACCAUGGGCAUUACAGUUGAUACAACAUCUACAGAGGCAGUAGCAAACAAAACUUCACCUCAAGUUCCAUCUUUGUCAUUCACUAAGCUUUCAAUUAAGAAUGAAGUUCAAGUGUUCUGUGAAAUUGAAAAAAUUGUCGUCACCAUCCAGAAGGGCUUUCUACAGAACCAGUCUAUCUCAGAAUCUUCAUUGUCCCUGGGGAGGCCCCACUGCAGUGGGAGAAAAAGUAAUUCCAGUCAUGUUGUGCUUUGGACAGGAUGGAAUGAAUGUGGAACUGAAGUGCAAAGUAAUACAACACACACUAUCCUCAAAACAAUUAUCCGGAAUGACACAUCUUCUUCCCUGGGUGUCAUCCACCAUUUCAGCCUUGCUGUUCCAGUUCAUUGUGUGUUUCAGAAUGAUCUCUUAGCUUCAUCUGGAUAUACUCCAGAAGGCAUUUACACCAUGUUUGAGGAUUUGCAUGGAUCAGGACAUUUCUUAACAGAAAUGCAGUUGUUUGUUGGAAACUCACAAAUCCCCCAAAAUUUCAGCAUCUCUGCUAGUGAUGACAUAAUGAUUGAGGUGGGAAUUCAUACAGAAGAUAGCAAACUCAAGGUGGUUGUUGGUGAAUGUUGGGCAACUCCUACGAAUAAUUCAAUGGAUCCUCUGUCAUUUCCUUUUAUACAUGGCAGCUGUCCAGUUCCAAAAACGCACACCACCAUAGUUUCAAAUGGGAUGUUCAGAAAAGCCCAGUUUAAGCUGAAGAUUUUCUCUUUCAUCAACAAUUCGGUGGUUUACUUGCAUUGCAAAAUCCAUGUCUGUGUGGAAGUUCCUGGAAGGACUUGCAAGGCGAGCUGCAGUGGUUUCCGUUCUCAGAGGAGUGGUGAAAUUAUUGCUAUGCCUAGUGCCUCUUGGGGGCCCCUGCACAAAUACAGUGAUGAUUUAAAGGGAGAGGACAAGCCUGGUUUAGGCGUGGGUUAUAUAGUCCUCAUUGUCAUUGGUGUGUUUGUUCUUGUACUGGGAAUAACAGUUCUUCUAAUUUACCGACACCACCGGAAGGCAGGAACAUACAAUUUCAAAAUCAAGUCUGACAAUUUUAACUACCAAGUGUUCUAUGACUGAACAUUUCAGUUUUG